AUGGCCCUCUACGAACGCGACAAAUCCCGCCACAAGAAGUACCUCUACCUCGACCCCCCUCGCCCCGGCCUCCACGAGCGCCGCCGCAAAGUAACCACCAUUGUCCCGGCCCGGGUACCACCCCCAGCCCCAAUAGAAGAAGACGACACAAUGGACGUCAUAGCCGUAGACGUCGACCCCUCCGAAACGUCCAAAUCUUCCAAAUCCCGCAAAUCCCGCCGCAAAAGGCGUUCCCACUCCCCUCGCAGGGAAACUCGCGAAAGGGAGGUGAUCAUCGAGCGGGAACGGCUUGUCCCUUAUGAGGUUCACGUGCCUUACCCUGUUGAUAGGGAGCGGAUUGUGGAGGUGGAGGUUCCGGUUCCUUACCCGGUGGAGAGGGAGAAGGUUGUUGAGGUGGAGGUGCCGAUGCCGUAUCCGGUUGAGAAGGAGAAGGUGGUGGAGGUGGAGGUGCCGGUGCCGUAUGAGGUUCAGGUGCCGGUGCCGUAUGAGGUCAAGGUGCCGGUUCCGAUGCUGCCGGCGCCGAGGACGCCGAGCCCGCCGUUGAGGAAGAGGGAGACGUAUAGGUAUGUUGAGGGGUUGGAGAGUAAGAUUCCGAUGAGGGAGGUCAGGGGGGUGGAGGGGUUGGAGAGCAGGAGGCCGGAGAGUGGGAUUAGGGGGGUGGAGGGGUUGGAGAGUAGGAUUCCGAUGAGGGAGGUGAGAGGGGUGGAAGGGUUGGAUAGGAGGGGGCCGGAGAGUGGGAUUAGGGGGGUGGAGGGACUUGAAAGUAAGAGGCCGGAGAGUGGUAUUAGAGGUGUGGAUGGAUUAGAAAAUCGGAGACCGGAGAGUGGAAUCAGAGGCGUGGAUGGGUUAGAAAAUCGGAGGCCGGAGAGUGGAAUCAGGGGCGUGGAUGGCUUGGAAAGUCGGAGGCCGGAGAGUGGAAUCAGAGGUGUCGAGGGGCUUGAAAGCAAGGUCCCUACUGGAGGUAUCAGAGGAGUUGAAGGGCUGGAGAGUCAUGUUCCUAAGGGAGGUAUCAGAGGAGUAGAAGGAACCGAGAGCAGAGUCCCUAGGGAAAGCAUUAGGGGUGUGGACGGAUUGGAAAGCAGGGUUCCUACUGGUGGCAUUCGGGGUGUGGAGGGCAUGGAGAGCAGAGUGCCACGUGAAAGUAUUAGGGGCGUUGAGGGUAUGGAGAGCAGAGUACCGCGAGACAGUAUUAGAGGUGUUGAAGGCAUGGAAAGCAGGGUACCAAGAGAUAGUAUCAGGGGCGUCGAAGGCAUGGAAAGUAGGGUUCCCCGGGACAGCAUCAGGGGUGUCGAAGGAAUGGAAAGCAGAGUCCCCAGAGAUAGCAUUCGCGGCGUCGAGGGUAUGGAUAGCAGAGUGCCUCGAAGCAGUGUGAGAGGGCUGAGCAGGAUGAGGGAUAGGAGCUGCGAUAGUCAGAGCUCUGUGGAUGAGAGGGACAGGGUGAGGAUUACAGUUGCGGAGAGGGAGCGGGAGAGGAUAAGAAGGGAGAGUUCGGUGUCGAGUGCGGGAGGCAGGGAGUACAGGCACGAACGUCGUGGCGGAUGUGAUUGUCACCACUACUAUGGCCAUGGUCGACACGGGCCUGAUUGCGAGCAUAUCCAUAUUCACAGCAGAGAGAGGAUUUAUGAGAGAGACAGGAAUAGCGACGUCAGUCUCAUGAGGGAGGAGUCUCGAGGACGGUAUGGGGAUUUUAGGUGUUGA